CAUGUGCGAUUGCGCAUGCACAGCCUGUUUUUUUUUCCUCCUUCAGUGUGUCCUGGUUGGUGUAAGACAAUAAAUCAGUGUUACUAGCUUUUCAACAGAGGAGCAAAAUCCUUUGCAAGUUUCAGCUUUUGUGUCAGUCCUUUCGCUGCAUUCCCGGCACAAUGGCGGUUCCUCCUUCAUACUCUGACCUGGGCAAAGCAGCGAAGGACAUCUUAAGCAAGGGCUAUGGUUUUGGAUUUGUUAAGUUGGACCUCAAGACCAAAUCACAAAGUGGAGUGGAGUUCAACACCUCUGGCUCUACUAACACUGACACUGGCAAGGCCAGUGGGAGCUUGGAGACCAAGUACAAAAUGGAGGAGUUGGGUCUGAGCCUCAAUCAGAAGUGGAGCACAGACAACACUCUGGCUACAGAACUUUCUGUAGAGGACCAGCUGGCAAAGGGCUUGAAAGUGGCUCUUAACACAUCCUUUGUACCAAACACAGGCAAGAAGAGUGGGAAGCUGAAGACUGGAUACAAGCGGAACUACAUCAACCUGUCCUGUGACAUUGACUUUGAAGGCCCAGUAGUGCACUCUGCAGCAGUUUUAGGCUACGAGGGCUGGCUGGCAGGCUACCAGAUUGCGUUUGAUACAGCCAAGUCCAAACUGGUACAGAACAACUUUGCUCUUGGCUACAAGGCUGGUGACUUCCAGCUUCACACCAAUGUAAACGAUGGGACUGAAUUUGGAGGUUCUGUUUACCAUAAGGUGAAUGAUCAGUUGGAGACUGCGGUCACUCUGGCCUGGACUGCUGGCAGUAACAACACACGCUUUGGCGUUGCUGCCAAGUACCAGCUAGAUAGUGAUGCCUCUUUGUCUGCCAAAGUGAACAAUGCCAGUCUGAUUGGAGUUGGUUACACUCAGAGUCUGCGACCAGGUGUGAAGCUGACACUCUCGGCACUCGUGGACGGCAAGAACUUCAACACUGGUGGACAUAAGGUUGGACUGGGAUUUGAACUUGAAGCUUAGAUGUUCUCAUCAAGUGAAAGACAAACAAAGACCCCACACUCCAUCCCAGUGAUAGCUCCUCCACUUUCCACUGCCUCAUGUGUAAGCACAUCACCCUCACAAGAGUUGAUUGAAAAAUGAAAAGUGAUGAUAAGUGGUUCUUCAAGUGAUGCACUCUAAACUUGUCAUCUGACCUUCUACAGUAAAUGUUACACGAUGAAAAAUGGUAGAACGAUGGUAGGAAUGUUUUGGGGCUGUUUGUCUAUAGCACCUGCAAUAUGCUGUUAUAUAAUAAAUACAGUUGCGGGGGACAAACACAGUAUGCUUUAUGAACAGAUGACUUUGAGGUCCAUAGAAGAGUUUAUGUGGUAAGAAAGCGUUUUUGAAGCCUUUGGAAUUGUCCGGAUUUCUUCAUGAUUGACUCUUGUGUAAGUGGUAAUUAAGAAAGAAAGUCUUACUUAACAACAUGUGCAACAUUUUGCAGGGAAGUAUCUUUAUUGAACAAAUAAUUUAACAUCUAGCAAACUUUAAAUAGAAAGAAUCCAAAGUCUAGAUAGAAAAGUGGUUCAUUCUGUGGUAAUCAAAAUUUAAUUUUUGGCUGCGUAGGUCAAACCCACACCUGAUGACCCUCAUUUCUUUUCAAGAGGGAAUUAUGAAAAAUUCUUACAUGGUUUUACUUAAAAGACCCUGUCUGGUAAAGUCAUUUGUUCAACCUUAUGGGCAUGUUGUUAGGAAACUAUUUAUUUAUUUAUUUUGACUUGAAUGAAGUUAACACUUUAAGAGUCAUUCGUAAAGAAAUUGAAACAAUUGCAGUAAGUAUAUAUGCUUAACCUCUUAAUAUUUUCUUUUCUCUGUUUACUAAAGGUCACACUGUAGAAUGCAUGAUAACAUCUGUGUAUCUCUCUGUCUUGGGGCCCUGUGGUCUCACUGCUGGGAUGUGUAGGCCAUUACUGUACGGCUGGGGGAUUUCAGCAUGAAAGCAUCUAAUGUAGUCAUGUAGGACUUUACUAGAAGAGCAACCAAAAGGUAAAAUAUGCAUCUUAGAGCUGGAACACUGACUUAUAAACACACCAGCGUGUAGCAAGUGAACACAUAGAAUUCCUUCACCAGCAUCCUGCAAUAAUUUUGGCUGUUGUUUAGGAGAAUAGAUGAACAUCAUCUGGGGUUACUUUACAUUGAAUAUAGUCAUUAAUAAGUUAAUGUGUUUUACAUACAGUUGUUAUAAUUAUUAUAAUUAUUAUUGUUAUAAAUAAUCAAUUAUGAUAUGAUUUUACUAGAAGCUUGGUUGUUGUGUUUGUACACAGUACCUCAAUUUUCCAGCUAGAGUCUACAAAUUCUAAUAAAGAACUGGAAAAAAACGAUGUUUACAUGGUCGUUCUAUACUGUUUAUAAGUAUUCAGCCCCCCAGUAUUUAGUCGGUACACGUAUUGGAACAAAGUAAAUUAAAGUAGCAUCAUUUAUCAAAAAACGGACAAUAUUUAGAAGUGAGCUAAAAUAUAUGGAGAUUCCUCAGCAGCUUUAUGGAUAAAUAUAGUGACAAAUAUCUACCACCCCGAUGCAAAGAUUCAAGACUGGAGAGAGAAAAAAAGGUGUUCGGGCAGUCCAAUACACAGAACACAUUUGUUCCAAUACUUAGGCUGAACUAAACUGGGGGGCAAAACACACACAUUUAGUUAUAAAACAGGGAUGUGCAUUUCAGCUAGUUUUGAUAUUCGAGUAUCUGUAAGAAUUAAUAAAUAGUUAAUUGGUUAACCAGUGGGAUGGGGGAAAAAAUGCUAAAAAAAUAAAUGAACAUAGAGCUGCAUGUUUGCCUUUUAAGCUGACAGCACUGACGCUACACAAAAUUUUAGCAGCACACAGAGAAGAACAUUUUUUUGUGUUUUAUUAUUCAAAAAUAGCCAAGAAAAAUCAGUAAGUUUGGGUGUUGGAUGAAUAACAAAGGCUGCUUAGGAGCGAUAAUGAGCUAACAAGCUACAUGUCUAAAGUUGAUGAAAAGUCACUGCCUUCUACACAAAGUUUUUUCUCCUCAGCAGACUAUGUGCCAACAUAUUAGUUUGUCUGAAAUAGUGGUGCGGGAAAAACUCGAUUCUUAUAUGCAUCGCGAUGCGGACGUGAACGAUUCUGAAUCGAUUCAUAAAUGUCAAAAA